UCCAAACCAUGUUUACUAUUCCAAGAAUUCUUCUUGUACUCAUCCUCAAUAUGAUUAUCCAACUGUAAAGCAAGAUCCCACAAUUAAAAAGCAUUAAAAACAAAUUCUUGAACCCCUCCCCUCCCCUUUCUUCUUCAUUUCUCAACCCAAAAAAAAUUUCUUGAACCAGGGAAGAAUCAAGAAUGCCUUCAAGGCAGGCUUUGUCUUCAGACUCUGAACCCAAAAUAACAGAUAUCUUCAUUGCCAUUACAACCUUAGCUGCUCUCAUUAUCCUCUUUGCAAUUCUUUACUUUCUGUACUAUUUGUGGUACUCUCUAGUCCACCGUUCCCGGACCAGCCCAUUUGAUUCCAAUGCGCCUCUGGUGAAGCUGCAGAGGUUUUCUUACAGAGAAUUAAAGUCAGCAACUCAGGGGUUUAGUGAGUCCAACUCUAUAGGGAAAGGAGGGUCAGGGAGUGUGUUUAGAGGGAAUUUGAAGAAUGGGAAAUGGGUGGCUGUGAAGCUUUUGGAUUGUGUUUCUUUCCAGAGUGAAAGGGAGUUUCAGAAUGAGCUUCAGAUUCUUGGGGGGAUAAAAUCCCCUCUGGUGGUCUCUCUUUUAGGGUAUAGUGUGGAGAAAAGCAAGAGACUUGUGGUGUAUGAGUAUAUGCCUAAUAGAAGUCUGCAGGAAUCUUUGUUUUCUGAGACAAAUUUGGGGCUGAAUUGGAGCAGGAGAUUUGAUAUCAUUCUUGAUGUGGCAAAGGCACUGGCUUUCUUGCAUCUUGAAUGUAGCCCUCCAGUGGUCCAUGGGGAUGUGAAGCCCAGCAAUGUGUUGCUUGAUUCAGAGUUCAGGGCUAAGCUUUCGGAUUUCGGGUUAUCAAGAUUGAAGGUUGAAGGGGAAUUUGGGGUGGAUUUGUUCAGCCAGGACUUGGGGAAAAGCCAAGACCUUUCUGGGAAUUUAGGGGUUGGGACUGGAGGGACUCAAACCCCUAUUGACAGCCAUGAUGAGGUAGAUUUUGCUUUGGCCUUACAAGCCUCUUCCUCAUCCAAGAACAGUGCUAAAUUGGUUCAGAAUGUUAGGGCUCUGGGAUUGAAUCCCAUGAACUAUAAUGCUGUGUUUGAGAGUGAUGAAAAGAGCAGGAAUGCUAAAGGGAAAGAGGUUGAGAACAGUGGGGAAGAUUGGAACAAAUUUGGGAACUAUGAUGAUGAGCUAAUAAGCAGUAGUAUUGACCACAGCAAAGAGCUGAAUCUCAGCCCUGCUUUGGAUGAGAAUGUUGUGAGCACAACACAAUGGGGUAGAGAUUGGUGGUGGAGACAAGAUGGCAGUGGUGAGCUUUGCAGCAAAGAUUAUGUAAUGGAGUGGAUUGGCAGCCAGAUUUGCCCUUCAGCUAAUCCUGAUUGGGAUGAAGAUAAGAAUAAGUCCCCAAAUGGAAAAACCAGUUUAGAAAACUCCACUCGAUUUACCAAAUUCGAAGAAGCCAAAGAGACUGGGAUAUCAGAAUCAGGAUUGGGGAGCCUCAAGAAGGGGUUUGAAUUGGAAUUGGAAGGAUCAAAGAAAUGGGAAUCCCAAAUCAAGAAUAAGCCAAGGAAGAUGAAAGAAUGGUGGAAAGAAGAACACCUCGACGAGCUAUGUGAGAAGAACAGCACUAGCAAAGGAAAAAGGCUUAUAGAAAUCAAAUGCAGCAGAAGACUAAGUGUCCCCCAUUUCGAUCUGGGAAAACGCUUCGUCUUCAGAAGAAACAGCAGGCCGAAAAUGCAGGCUCAAAACGCAGCCAAUCUCGAGAGGGAAUUCAGCUUCAGGAGAGGCUGGAAGAAGAAGAAUUCCCAUUCCAUUACCAGUGAUAUGUGGAGCGGAGACCUUUUCAGCCGGGAACUAAGCAGCACGACAAGCAUGAGAGGCACACUCUGCUAUGUUGCCCCCGAAUUCGGGGGCUGUGGCUACCUAAUGGAGAAAGCCGAUAUCUACAGCCUCGGAGUCCUGAUUCUCGUGAUCGUCUCAGGUAGAAGGCCUCUGCACGUCCUGAAUUCGCCUAUGAAACUCGAGAAAGCAAACCUAAUUAGCUGGUGCAAACAGUUAGCUCAUUCUGGGAACAUUUUGGAACUUGUGGAUGAAAGACUCAGAGAUGAAUACAACAAGGAUCAGGCAAGCUUGUGCAUCAACUUAGCUUUAGCUUGCUUGCAGAGAAUGCCGGAACUGAGACCUGACAUUGGUGACAUUGUGAAGAUUUUGAGAGGCGAAAUGGAAUUGCCGCCCCUCCCGUUCGAGUUCUCCCCGUCUCCACCAUCCAAAAUGUUCAACAGAUCGAGAAGAAGACAGAAGAGCAAUGCAGAAUCGGCUUCCAAAUAACCUUGUAACUGACCUGAUUUUGCUGGAAAAAAACACAACAGUAGAUUUUAGAGCAUGCAAUGUGUUGCAUUCUUGUUUGUUGUACAUGUUUUUCUACAAAUGUUUUUCUUGUAGACAUAAAUGGUUAUUGCUGCCAUUUUCUCUGACUUGAUACAGAUUUCA